AUGGCUGCACGCCAUGACGGCCGAACUGAAAGAGUUGAGCUUGGAAUAUUCCUACAACCAGUUGCAAGAAGCAACGCAGAAUUUCCAUGAGGACAAUCGUCUCGGUGUCGGAUCUUUCGGAGGAGUUUUCAAGGGGAUUCAGCAUGAUGGCACUGAAGUUGCCAUCAAGGUGUUGGGUUUGCCUGACCAAGCAGGCUUUGAGGAAGAGGUGCGCGUGCUCAGCAAGUUUCGCCAUCCCAAUUUAGUGAUCCUCAUGGGAUUCGCCAAGAACGGCCCGGAGCGACUCUUGGUCUACGAACUCCUCGGGGGGGGCGACGUCUUCCAUCGCUUGCAGAAAUGCGCCACCGAGAAUGUGCCCUUCCCCUGGAAGCUUCGCAUCAGUGCGGCCUACGACGCAUCUUGUGGUCUAUCGCACCUGCACAACUCGACACCCAAGGUCUUUCAUCGAGACAUCAAGUGCCCGAACAUCCUGCUGGAUCGCAAUGGAACAGCAAAAAUGGCCGACUUCGGACUUGCUUGCUGUUCACAUGCCAAAGAGACGAAAGUCCAGCAGGCUGCUGGCACAGUGGGUUACGCUUGUCCCCACUAUGUCAGCAACUCUGUGGUGACUGAACGCAGCGAGGUCUACAGUUUCGGCAUCGUCCUCUUGGAGUUGUUAACUGCUCGCCCACCGGCCUCCAAGUUUCAGGCGCCCGAUGGCAGCGAUCAGUACGAGUUCCUGGUGACCGCCUUGGGCUACAACGUGCGCACAGCCGUGCAGGCGCUGGACAAGAAGGCCGGGUUUCCAUACGAAGUGGCGUUGAACUUUGCCCAUCUCGGGCUCAAAUGCACGGAGUAUCAAGAGGAACAUCGGCCCUUCUUCUCAGAGGUGGUGGCGCGACUGCGGGAAUUGCGUGACAUCCAAGUAGAGGCUUCCCCUGUCCUACCUCCACCGCCAGAACCUGAUGUGCCGCCCCCUCCACCCCAACCGAGUCGCGGCCACCAGGGCUAUACCAGCCGGGGUCACCAGGGCGGCCCACAGGGCCCACAGGGCUAUCAACAAACAGCUGCAGUACAGGCGUUGCAUGCCCAGAUGCUGCAACAACAACAGCUUCAACAACUUCAACAGCAACAGAUGAUGCAAAGUGCCCAGAUGGCCCAGAUGCAACGAGCUCAAGUUGCCAACCAAGCUACAGCUUCAGCUCCCUUCAGGGUGCCACAAAUGGGUUUGACCCAAGCCCAAGAGGACGAGUUGCGGCUGCAGUACCUCACGGGCCAACCAGUGCAACCCUUGCGGCAAGUCCCAGUGCCUAUGCCGGAAUUGGAGAGAUACAACUCAGGUGGCCAGCUUGGCCAGCUCGCUCCGGCAUAUGGAGGCUCGCUGUUGGCGCGUCGGGGUGUACCGCACGUACGCCAUCCAAAGAAGUUGGCGUGGAUAUUGGAGUGCGUCAUGGCACAGGGGGAGAAGUUAGUGAUGUUGUCCAAGGAUCAAAAGACUCUAAUACAGCGGCGGGAAGACAACAAGUCAGUGCCCACCCAGCGCUUUGGGCGUAUUUUUCAGAGGGAAUUUCUGAAAUCUUUGCUGCCCGACUUCCUCUUCGAUCAAGUCUCACGGGAGCAUUUCCAGAUUUGGGCUUUGGAAUGGCCAGCAUUGUCCGAUGAUGGUCAGACACCUCACUCCUUUCGCCUGACCAACUAUGCCACCGUGGGAACAUCCGUGGAUGAUUUGGUGCUCGAUGAACGUGGACAGAGCGCAAAGCUGCACCAUGGUAGCAAGAUUGGCUUGCUGCGCCGUGUGAUCGUUGAUGGGAAGGAGGAAGCAACGCCUUUCUUGGAGUUUUACUUCAGCCUGGAGCAGUCGGGCUUGACAGAUGCCGACGUGGUCUAUGAGUCCUUUCUGACCUUCUGCGAACCCAUCCUGAAGAGGACACCGGAUGAGAUGGCACCAUUUGAAGGUGAACCAACUUCGCCACAUGACAGGGUCGACAGCGACAUGGCGCUAGAGGGCUUUGGAGUUGAUGUGCCAGGUGGGAUCUCCUUCGUUGGCGACGACGUGGAGCCUGUGUUCAUCCUUGAGGUGGGUGGUACAGCAGUACGUGCGGGCGGCAAACGCGAGAAACUCCAAGUGGUGCACGGCCCGCGGAAAUCUGCCUGCGCGGCGGCUCCUGGAUGUGAGGUGCCUUGUCCCCCCUUGGUCCUCGGUAGUGCACAAGCAGGUUUCUGGUGUCGGAUCUUGGCCGACAAAUCGAAUCUGACGUUUCUGGAACCUGAGCAUUUGAUGAUCGAGGUGGAUGAUGCCGCAGAAGCAGCAGAGCGACGUUUCUUUGUGAGGAAUUUGAGCACGUUGCCCCUUCGAGUGCAGGGUCCCCCUGAGGAGGAAAGCAUUCGACAGGAGGAGGAUGGCAAGUGGCAGAUUCAUCAUGGCGACACGAUCCUCUUGAACUUGUCAAAGGGGACCUCAAUGUGGAUGAACUUCCGAGCGUACAAGUGACCCCCAAGUGACAUGACCACAGCGACCGUGUGUGGUGUGGCGGUCCGAAAAUUCACCGUCGAAUGCAAUGUCCAAAGAAUG